AUGGCCAGAGCCAUCCUCACACCCAGCACGCUGCCAGCCAAGCCCUGGGCUGCUGUGCCAACGCUGGAGGUGGCUGGGGGAGAGGCAGCACCGAGGCCCGCCACUCUGGCCUCCCCAGCAGACAGCCUGGAGGUUUGGGUGCCAGAGAGGCUCACCUUCAGCCUCUGGGACUAUGGGGUCUUUGGGCUGAUGCUGCUGAUCUCCACCGGCAUCGGGCUCUUCCAUGGCCUGGCUAAAGGUGGCCAGAAGACCUCAGAGGAUUUCUUCACCGGGGGACGCCAGAUGUCGGCGCUGCCCGUGGGGCUCUCGCUCUCUGCCAGCUUCAUGUCAGCCAUCCAGGUGCUGGGGGUGCCAGCAGAGGCCUAUCGCUACGGAGCCAAAUUCCUCUGGAUGUGCAUGGGGCAGCUGCUCAACACGCUGCUCACCGCUCAGCUCUUCCUGCCCGUCUUCUACCGCCUGGGGCUCACCAGCACCUACGAGUACUUGGAGCGAAGGUUCAGCCGGGGCGUGCGGCUCUGUGGGACUCUGCAGUACGUGGUGGCCACGAUGCUGUACACAGGGAUCGUCAUCUAUGCCCCUGCCCUCAUCCUCAACCAAGUGACUGGCCUGGACAUCUGGGCAUCUCUUCUCUCCACUGGAGUCAUUUGCACCUUCUACACCACCAUAGGUGGGAUGAAGGCUGUCAUCUGGACAGACGUCUUCCAGGUCGUGGUGAUGCUCUCAGGCUUUGUUGCCAUCAUCAUCCGGGGGGUGCUGCUGGUGGGGGGUCCUGCCAGGGUAUUGGCCAUCGCUGCCAACGGCUCCAGGGUGAACUUUGGCGACUUCAACCUGGACCCACGGAGCCGAUACACGGUCUGGACCUUCCUGCUGGGUGGCACAUUGGUCUGGCUCUCCAUGUACGGCGUCAACCAGGCCCAGGUCCAGCGCUACGUGGCCUGCAGGAGUGAGGGGGAGGCCAGGAGGGCACUGCUGGUGAAUCAAGUGGGGCUCUUCUGCGUCGUCUCCAGCGCAGUGGCCUGUGGCCUUGUGAUGUUUGCGCUCUACAAGGACUGUGAUCCCCUCCUCGCCGGCUACAUCUCAGCCCCGGAUCAGUACAUGCCCUACAUGGUCCUCGACAUCUUCGAGACAUCCCCAGGGGUGCCGGGGCUCUUCCUGGCCUGUGCCUACAGCGGGACACUCAGCACGGCCUCCACCAGCAUCAACGCCAUGGCGGCCGUCACCGUCGAGGACAUCGUCAAGCCCCGGCUGCCCACGCUGUCCCCACGGAGGCUGACCCUCAUCUCCAAGGGGCUGUCGCUCAUCUAUGGCACAGCCUGCAUCACGGUGGCAGCCCUGGCCUCGCUGCUGGGCGGUGGUGUGCUGCAGGGCUCCUUCACCGUCAUGGGGGUGAUCAGCGGCCCGCUGCUGGGGGCUUUCGUCCUGGGCAUGUUCCUGCCCGUGUGCAGCACGGCUGGCGUGCUGGGGGGCCUGGGCGCCGGCUUUGCCCUCUCCUUCUGGGUGGCUGUGGGGGGGACGCUGUACCCCCCCACCGCCACCACCAUGGGAGUGCUGCCCAGCUCCGGAGCCCUCUGCCCGCUCUACAACCGCACCGGCAGCAACCACACCGUCCUCCUGGGACCCCUCCCCCCGCGCCAGGAGCCCCCAGCCCCGGCCCGACCAGCCAUCGUGGGUGACUUCUACUCCAUCUCCUACCUGUACUACGGGGCUCUGGGGACCCUCACCACGGUGGUGGUAGGGGUCCUGCUCAGCUCCCUGCCAGGGCCAACCAAGCGGAGGCGGCUGCCCCAGGGCGUGCUGUGGUGGGACAUCGUGAAGCAGACGUCCUCGGUGUCCCCUAUGGGUGACAAGACACCAGGGGAUGAGCCCCCGGGCAAGGGCAAAGCCCCUCAGGCGAGGCUGGAUGGGGAGAGCAACCCCCCGCGCCCCCCUCCCGAGCCCAGCACCGACCCGCUGCUGCAGGAGACCCACGUGUAG